UUUCACUCUUUUGCUGCAAAGGUCAGAGGUUCUCUGUGCUGAGCACUUACAUUCUUUUCAGUCCUUUCGCUCUUUAAGCCAAUUGUCAUUUUCAAGAUGAAGCACGCAGAAGCGUACGUUCUAGCAUUGGUCGGGUUGAGCAACGCUGCUCCGAUGCCUCAAUUUUCUCUUCCUUCUGGCGUCAGCAUUCCAGGGUUCAGCUUGCCAGCAGGCUUCAGCCUCCCAUCUGGAGGCCUUCCUAAACCUACAAGAAGACCCGGCUUCAGCAUCCCAUCUGGUGGGGGAUUUUCAGGGGGGCUUAGCAUUUCAAGUGCUCCUGCACUGGCCAGCACUGCAGAGCCGACUGGAACUCUCCCCGCAUCCGUUGUUGCCACACCUACUUCUAGGGCAACUCAAGCGACAUCAACUACUUUAGCUGACGGAGGUACUGUAGGCUCAAACUGCACACCUCAGGGAAGUGGUGGAGGAAACACCGAGAAUGGUGUUGCAGACAAGAACUGCUGCACCGAUUUGACUAUCGUAUUUGCGCGUGGAACUUCCGAGGCAGGGAACGUUGGAACAGUCGCUGGCCCUCCGAUGUUCAAGUCCCUGAGAUCCAAGCUAGGUGCCAAUAGAGUCACGAUUCAGGGCGUAAACUACCCAGCUGAUGCUGCUGGAAACAUCAAUCAAGGAGCGUCGGGAGGCCCUGCAAUGGCUUCGUCGGUCAAGGCGGCUCUCUCCCAGUGUCCAAACACCAAAGUUGUGGUUUCGGGAUACAGUCAGGGCGGAAUGGUUGUCCACAAUGCCUUCUCAGCGCAAGGCUUGACCUCGACCCAGGUGACAGCUGCGGUUCUGUUCGGGGAUCCAAUGCUAAGACUUGGGAGAGUCGGUGAUCUGAGUAGUACUAAGGUGAAGGAAUUCUGUGCAUCUGGCGACGCUGUUUGUGAGAAUGGCACUGGCACUAUAACUUCGGCGCAUCUGUCGUAUGGUAAGAACGCCGACGAGGCUGCCGACUUCAUCAUCAAUGCCGCUGGGCUCUCUUGA